AUGGAAGACCAACAUCUGCGUCCUGAUUUGCAAACUUACACUAUGUUGUUGGAUGGGCUGUGUAGGAAUAGAGAGAUUAAUGAGGCUGUUUCGUUGUUGCGCCUGAUUGAAGAUAAAGGAUUUACCCUGGACGCAGUCACGUACGGUGCUCUCAUAAAUGGAUUAUGCAAAAAUGGAAAACAUGGCAUUGCGAGAGUUCUUUUCAAUCAACUUCAAUCAAAUGGUGUACAACCUAAUGUUCAGAUAUAUACUAUGAUCAUUGGUUCAUUUUGUCAAGAAGGGUCUUUCGAGGAGGUAAAACGUUUGCUGGUAGAGAUGGAGGGUCGCGGGUGUGGACCGGAUCAUGUAACAUACAAUGUCAUCGUCGGGAGUCUGCUAAGGCGAAAUGAGGUUGACAUGGCAAGAUCAUUCAUGGAAGAAAUGCGGGAAAUGGGAUUCUCAGCCGAUUCUGCAACUUCCUCGAUACCAGAUGGAGAUGAUUUUUUCCUCAAAUUGAUGAAGGACCUUGCACCCAAUUAUUUCCUGUUUCAUAUUGAGGCAUCCAAGAAGUUGCAUUUCAAGAGAUUUUAA